GCCUGUCGCGACAGUCGGGGCCGAGGCCCAGGGGGAGGUGGCCUGUGGCGGGUCGCCGGGCUCCCGGAGGCGAGGGGGGCGCGGGCGGAUGGCGGAAGGCGCCCAGCCGCAGCAGCCGCCUCAGCUCGGGCCCGGCGCCGCUGCCCGGGGGAUGAAGCGGGAGUCGGAGCUGGAGCUGCCGGUGCCCGGAGGGGGAGGAGACGGAGCCGAACCCGGCCUGAGCAAGCGGCCGCGCACCGAGGAGGCGGCGGCCGACGGCGGCGGGAUGCAGAACGAGCCUCUGACCCCAGGUUAUCAUGGAUUCCCAGCACGGGACAGCCAGGGUAACCAGGAGCCAACAACAACUCCUGACGCAAUGGUUCAGCCUUUUACUACCAUCCCAUUUCCACCACCUCCGCAAAAUGGGAUUCCCACAGAAUACGGAGUGCCACACACUCAGGACUAUGCCGGCCAGACCAGUGAGCAUAACCUGACCCUCUAUGGAAGCACGCAAGCCCACGGGGAGCAGAGCAGCAACUCACCCAGCACACAGAACGGAUCUCUGACGCAGACAGAAGGGGGCGCACAGACAGAAGGCCAGCAGUCACAGACGCAAAGUAGUGAAAAUUCAGAGAGUAAAUCUACCCCUAAACGCCUGCAUGUCUCUAAUAUUCCUUUCCGCUUCCGGGAUCCUGACCUCCGGCAGAUGUUUGGGCAGUUUGGCAAAAUCCUAGAUGUAGAAAUAAUCUUUAAUGAACGUGGCUCUAAGGGAUUCGGGUUCGUAACUUUCGAGAAUAGUGCUGAUGCAGACAGGGCCAGGGAGAAAUUACACGGCACCGUGGUAGAGGGCCGUAAAAUCGAGGUGAAUAAUGCUACAGCACGUGUAAUGACCAAUAAGAAGAUGGUCACACCAUAUGCAAAUGGUUGGAAAUUAAGCCCAGUAGUUGGAGCUGUAUAUGGACCCGAGUUGUAUGCAGCAUCCAGCUUUCAAGCAGAUGUGUCCCUAGGCAAUGACGCGGCAGUGCCCCUGUCAGGAAGAGGGGGCAUCAACACUUACAUUCCUUUAAUCAGUCUCCCUUUAGUUCCUGGCUUCCCUUACCCAACUGCAGCCACCACGGCGGCCGCUUUCAGAGGAGCCCACCUGAGGGGCAGGGGGCGGACAGUAUACGGUGCAGUCCGAGCGGUACCUCCAACAGCCAUUCCCGCCUAUCCAGGUGUGGUUUACCAGGACGGAUUUUACGGUGCUGACCUCUAUUCAGCUGAAGAAAUGUUAACAUCUCACUCUAAAUCUCUCAGUGGAGUCUCUGUUCCCUUCUCUGAUAUAACAGAUGGGGUGGAUACGCAGCCUACAGAUACGCACAGCCUGCUACUGCAACCGCUGCCACCGCCGCCGCCGCUGCCGCCGCCGCUUAUAGCGACGGUUAUGGCAGGGUGUACACGGCCGACCCCUACCAUGCCCUCGCCCCUGCCGCUAGCUAUGGAGUUGGCGCUGUGGCGAGUUUAUACCGAGGUGGCUACAGCCGAUUUGCCCCUUACUGAAGUGACGUGAGACCCCUGCAAGUGGGACAGCCCCCCAGUUCAUGAGGCCUGGCUAUUGCAAUAUUUACUAGUAGAGGAACUCUAUAGCAAGAUGAAGAGGAAAAACAAACAAACAAAAAACACAAAAAAAGAGAGAAUACUUUUUUAUACCUCACUAUGUUCUUUGAAUAUGUAUUUUUCCUUUAAAUUUCUGCCUUUAAUUCUUUUGUUCCAAAGAUUGUGCAUUUUUUUCUUUUUUUCUUUUUUUUUAACUGUGGUAAAAAAAAAAAAAAAAAUAACGCAUUUCCAUGUCUGUAUGUCCGUGCUUAGCUUAUUCUGUCAAUCACGGAAGAGGCAGUCAAUGAGGAAGGAGAGACAUUAGGAGCUGAUAAAUGCGUCUGAUCAGAAAUCAGCAGACAGAAUUACCAAAGUGUACCUGGUGCUGAGUGGCUGUGGGACAAGCAGAAGUGGAAGAGAUCCCUCUGCAACAGGAUAUCCUUCUAGUCUUCUGAGUUUCUGGUCUUUGGCAGGCAAUUCUGAUUGGCUGUGGCUGGAAUCCACAUGCUAAUAGACUAUAGGAAUGUGUGCUGGCAAAGCAGGAGAAUCACUAAGACACUUUCCUCUCCUCUUCCCUCCUGUCUCCUCAUUCUCUUUACAAUCAUCUUACACGCAAGGCCUGAGACAGUUGGCAUCGUUUUUGGAAUUAUAGUAUUAAUAUUUCCAGACAUGUGCUCAGACUGUGGAUAAUAAACACCUCAUUAGGAACCCAGUCUCGGAAUGAACUCUGGAGUAUGAAAAAGAUCACUCUUUUCUUUCCUGUAAACCCUAGCAUUCCUGCUGGGCUGCUUUUCCUUUCACUGAACCACAGCUUAGCUCAUCUCUCCUUUUAUUAACACCCUGCUCCCAUGUCCUCGAGAUUCAGGAAUUUAGGACCCAGGGACAGAAGACUAAAUAGCCAGCGGCCAGAUGUCCCCGAGGCGUCUGGGCAGGGCUUGAGGGCUAGAAGUACAGAUUGUCACGCGCCAGCGAAGAGGGGGAGGGCAAGAAAAGGGGUGUCAGACGAUGUCAGGUUAAGGCGCCCUGAUAUUCCCGAUCUUUCUCUCGCAUCAGAAAGUCAGUACAAAGUAGAAAACAGAUAAUAAAGGCUCUGGUGGCAAAAGAUAAAGCCCCGAGCCCUAGACCAGCCGUCCCCGGAGGUCUCUGUGAGCAGGACAUGUGAGGGCAGGCGAAGGCACUUCGUUCAAGCUCCAAAGCCAUAGGACUCUUCAUCCUCCAGAGCCUUUACGAGUCACUUCUGUCCACAGUCUGGAGCCCUCGUGGCCACUCCACCCAGCUUCUCACUAUCCUCCAAAGACACCCAGCUGAGCACCUGGACCACUUGGUACUCAUGAACACUACAGGACAUGAAACAAGCCCCCGAGGCUGCUCCCCUCCCGUACAGGAAUGAGGGUCUGAAAUGGCCAGGAUCUCAUAUGUUGCCAGGAGGAGUCAUGUGGUGGCCACCACAGUGAGUCACUGCUGUCACUACCUGGCUUCGACUUAUCUGUCGUCAGACAGGGGAGAAAGUGUUUCUCUUCUAGCUCUUAGCUGUCAAAGGCAGGGGUCCUGCAGCAUUUCCAAAAUGAAGCCAUUAGAAAAUAGAAAAGCACGGUCCGUUUGGCUCCCUGGUCUAUUCACAUUGGUACUAGGGUGACCUUUCACCCGAGGGAUAGCUGCUAAAGGGAGUAAGUAAUUCAGAGACAUGGAGCUUCUGGUUUGUUAUGGGUUUGUUUUGGUUUGUUUGGUUUUUUUUUUACUCCUGCCUCCACCCGUGUUCUUGACUGAUACUGAUUCAUGUCCCUGAAUUAAAAUGACUGACAUAUGACAGCAUCAAACAUUCUUUGUAAGGAGAGGGAUCUGUGGGGGGGGACUGGCCUGUCGUGUAUAAUACAUAUCUUCUCCCCCUUCAGAAUCCUCUCUCUCCUAAUAACUGGGAGGGAGGCUUCCCUGAAACUAGGGGAGACAUCAAGGAAGCUAGAGGCCUCGAUGCAAUUCUUACUGAUUCUGGGGAGGAAUGCACAGAAUAGGGGACACCAGACUGCCCAGUCCGUUGGCCAUUGUUAAGGGUUCCCCUCCCCAAGCCAAAGUUUGGUUUGUUGCUGUUGAGACAAUUUUUGUUGUGUGUGUAUAUAAAUAUUUUAGUUUGGGGUGUGGGGAUGGGAUGUGGGGCUUUCACAGGUCUAGGGAAUGGGGGCAGGGAGGAUUUUUUUCUUUCUUUUGCUUUUGUUUUGAGGGAGAGCAUUUACUGAGUGAAGAAACUGAGAGAAAUUUUGUGUCCUGUUCAAAUAGGGACCAUUCUCAGAAAUGGCAAGCCACUGCUCAGUGGAGGCAAGGCCAAAUUCUAAAUGGUUGUAUCCGUAGCAGGGGAGGAAAAUAGGGCAAUGAGUUCAAGAAUUUUCUAUUCUUUUUUUCCAGAAAGAGGGAAAGAUGAUGGGAAAGGCAGAGGAGGCAGCUUCCACAGCCCUUUUACAAGAGGCAGAAGCCUGAGGUUUGUGCAUUUCAGUUCAGCUGGUUCUGGCUGAGGACUCCAUAGGCAAGCUCUGUGUUUUCCAGCGGGCCUCUGCUGCAUUUCCAGGGAUGGUUUUAAUACUGCUUCCUUCAGCUCCUUUUACUAAGACUAAACAGAGUUCUGCUUGUUAUUAAAGGGCCUUUGGUUUUCAGUGUCAUCACUGAGCAUUGGGGCUCUCGAAGCAUCAACUCCCCAUCAGCUUUUGAACUUUGAGAUCGCAUACAGGCAACUUCAUCAGAGGCAGGUUCCUCGAAGCAUCAGUGCUUGUUUAUUCCUGACUCUAGUUCCCACUGGACUAAGAAACUGAGUCAGAAGAGAGUAUGGCAUCUUGUAAGUUUGUUAGAGGAUGCUGGUGAAUAAUUCCGGAAAACGUAUCCAUGCUGAAUCAGUUGCGACAGCUUUACUGUAGGUCACGAUGUGGACUUCUAUACUAAGCAUCUUACUCUUAGAAGCUGGGCUCCUUUCAGGAGCCCUCUAGUGACCACCUUUAUCUGAAUAUCCCUCUUUCAGCCCAGAGAGCUGUCCUUAGAGCUUUUCCAGAAUUCCUUAUAUUACAUAGUUCAGCUCCCACUGACCGAGCUCAGCUGUUGUGAUUCGUCACUUUUAAGGCUCUCAGUUUUUACAAAGCCCGCUGUCACCAUCCUCCUUCAGCAGCCACAGUUGGAACUGAGCCGAUAUUAUUCUUCCUUGAAAAAGAAGGGGACUGGAGCUCAGCUCUUAGUUUAAGGGGAGCUAGCGGAGCUCUAUUCAGUAGAAAUCAAUGAUAGCAGCUUUCUCUCAAAAGUGUGACUCCUCAGGGGCUGAACUGCUCUUAGUUUAGUUUCUACUUUCCUAGAGCUCUAGCAGAUAAGUCGGUGAAUCACUACCACCCUGUAACUAGUCACAUAGCUUCCAGGUAGGAAGGAGGUGUAAACUCGGAAUGGAAGCAACCCCAAGGAUCUGCAGGAAGGGCUGGAUGGCCUCCCUUCCUUCUGGCGGGAGGAUGAGGCCAAGGGCGGGAAGCAAGGGACAGCCCAGAGGGCACUGUAAGGGAGGGUGGGGGGUGUCGUUGGGACCGCCCCCUUUCACCAAGCCCAGCCGCUUCUCGGCUGCUUGCAACCCCCUAGCACAGAAACAGUUGCAGAAUCGCAGACUUGUUUCCCCCAGAAAAUAGGAGGAAAGGGACUUUGGGGGGUGGGGAAGGGGUAGUGGUGUUUUAAAAGCAUAAGUUACCUGUUUGCACUGUUUUAAGAUAGGAAAAAAAAUAGUGGGCAAGGUGAACAUCCAACGUAAAUUUGUGUGUCUUUAUUUUGUCAUGCUCUUGAAAAUGUUUGACCGUUUGUAGUAUCCACCAGUGAAACCUGAUUCUCUGUUGCAUAAAACACGAUUUUUUUGGAAAUGUUACUGUCCGAAAGCCUCUUCCCUCCCUUUCCCCUUUGCUGUGUUCUUCCUUCAUCCUCGCUUGACUGAUCAACCAGGCAGUAGCCAUCCAGGAGCUAGAGCGUGAAGCAGGGCCCUUCCCAAGUAGACUCUGGGUGUCCUAAGCCAGCAUGUGCCCUCUGGUUUAGCGAGUGCCGUUGAGUCCCUGGCCCCCAUCUUUAAAAUAAGGCUUACAGACCAGGCUGCAGCAGGUUCUCAAAUUCCCGAAUCGGAUGCACUAGGAAGGAGGACGGAGGGGAGUCCUCGAAUAUGGCGGGUGGCCGCAGUAGCUGAGUUCUCCACGUUCCCGGAACUGUAGCCAGUUACAGAUUACUCAGGAAAACGGUCGAUCACUUCAGCCAUGGUAGUGCUGGUUGGCAGGCUUGGUAACGGAGAGAACUGCUCAUUGGCCACAACUCAAACCUUGCCUUUAAGGGGAUUGCCAGCCGGGGCCCCUCCGCCUGGGAGUGACACACGCGCCCGCCAGUGUGGCGAGGGCUCAGCUCACACCAGCCAGCAAAAAGGGAACAGCGAUGCUCUUCUCUCCCCCCUACCACCCGCCCCUGUUACCAACGCCAGAUUCCCAGGGGGUGCAUAUGUUUUUGAAUUUUUUAAAAAUGUUUUUUGGUUUGGUUUUUCCGGGGACUGAUGAGUGCUUUAAGCAACGUCGAUACCCCACCCAGAACUGCAGCUUUGUCCUUUCUUGUAUUUUCUGUUCACAGUAUUGCGUGUGUGUGUGCUUGUCCUGGCAGCUCAUUUUGGCUGUAUUAUAUAUCGAGUGAUGAAUUGAUCCUCCUUUUUUUUUCCCCCUAAGGGAUAUGAAUUUUUUUUUCUUGUGUUAUAAUUCUGCUUGUGAAUAGCUGGAGCAAACCUGGGGCUGACACACGUAAGCUAGGGCUGCACAAUGCUGAGAGAGCCAGGCGGGGUGGCUUGUCCCUGACAGGCUGACCCACCUGAGUCUCUGAGCUUUUCAGUCCAAAUCUCUGCAAGGCUAAAAAUGCCACCGAACCUCCCCUCUUGUCCCCGCUCCCCGUGGCAGGGACGAAACCAUCCCUACAUGCAACGUGCAGUUUCUCCGGCCCCCUCCCAUUGCCAUGGCAAAACAGGUACCUAUGGGGCAUGGGGGCAUCACAUGGGAUGCUUGUAUAAUCGACCACCUCGCCUUUUCUCCCCACUCCCCACUCCCCCACCCCCAAAUCUUUUCCUAGGACACCCGAGCUGCUUGCCCAGGGUCCUGUUUCCCUACAAACUCCAGAGAAGCACCCAGGGCUUUGUGACAGUCUCUAAUUCCCUCCCCUUCUUGUUAAGAAUCAUAUUGUAUAGUAGCUUUCAGACCAUACAGUAUUCAUUGGGUUACUCCUAUUAUUAUCAAGUAGCUGGAAUUGUGAAGGUCGGAGUAGUUAGAUCUUUAGCUUUUAUUCCUUAUUUUUUUGUAUUACUAUCCAUGUGUAUAAAUUAUUGAUCAUGUUGCUGGCUUUUAUAAACUCUAAGCGAAGGAGGAGCACUGCCUCUGCCUUUGCAAAUGGUAAUGAAGCACUGUUUUUAAAUAAAAGGAGAAACACCA